CGUCUAGUCGUUUUGAGAUGGCAGAAGAUGGGAAGUUCCGAAUUGAAAAGUUAGAUGGUACGGAUUUCAGUUGGUAGAAAAUGCAAAUUGAAGAUUUGCUAGUUCAGAAAGAUUUGGACGUGGUAUUGGGUGACAAACUAGAAAAGAUGUCAGAUGCAAAUUGGACAGGUUUGGAUCGGAAAGUUAUGUCCGUAAUCUGUCUCUCGUUGACCAAGAAUGUUGCGUUCAACAUUCUGAAGGAGAAGACAACGAAGGAAAUUAUGGAAGUGCUGUCUAACAUGUACGAGAAGCCAUCUGUAGCGAACAAAUUUUUUCUGAUCAGAGAGCUAGUGAACACAAGGAUGAAAGAAGACACUUCAGUUACCGAGCAUAUCAACAAUUGGUCUGGAACGGUUACAACGGUUACUGGUUCAGUGGGACCCGAUGGAUUCACCUUUGAUCGGAUUCGAGAUCUCGUUCUUGGAAAGGAUGUUAGAAGAAAGAGUUCAGGGGAGUCAUCUGGUGAAUUGUUUCAUGUUGGUAGUGGCAGAAGAAAUAGUAGAGGUAGUGGGAGCAGGAACAGACAAAGGAGUCAGUCCAAGAUUCGAGAUAACUUAGGUGUAACGUGCUGGAAGUGCAAGGAGGUGGGGCAUUUUAGGAAUCAAUGUCCGAAUGAUAAUAAAGUGAACAUUGCUAAAGGCUCUGCGAGUGACGAAGAGGUCACUCUGACUUACUGUGAGGAAAGCAAUGUGGAUUUUUGGGUCAUGGAUUCUGGUGCUUCAUUUCAUGCCACCCACAUCGGUAAAGCAUUGCAGAAUCUGGUUCUUGGGGACUUUGGAAAGGUACGACUUGCAGACGAUAGAGCUCUUGAUGUGACGGGCAUGGGUGACAUAGUGCUGAAGACCCUAGUCAGUUUCUGGACUUUGAAGGAUGUCAGAGUUGUUCCAGCCUUGAAGAAAAGUUUGAUUUCUGUCAGGCAAUUGGACGAACAGGGGCACGAGGGCCGCUGCAACAGGAGAGUUGAGGAAGAUUACUAUAUGUACAGGCAAUCGUGGUGGAUGGCAGUUGAUGAUUAUCAAGCCUUCAAGUGGGAGAAUGUUGGGUUUGUGGAGGCUUGGGCUUGACUCUUAGGCCUGGCCCAUAUUACGUAACCCUAGUUUCUUUUCUCCUAUAUACUGAGUCCUUGUACUUGUAAUUCGAUGCUAAUUACAUGACCACAACUUAUACUCUGCAGCUUUAGAGAGUCAAUCUUAGCAUUGACAGAUCACAUAGACAAAUAGGUAAUCUGUUUUAAAACUUACCCUCCCUUAAUUUGCAAAUAUCCCACUGACCAAUACAUUUUCCUCUUUGUUCUAUGGGGCCCAGGUUCAUCAAAUUGCAAGAAACUUUAGAGAUAGGUGGAUAGCCAAGCCACUACACAGAAAAAACAGCUGCAUGGAUAAUAAUAAGCUUGAAUCCAC